AACAUUACUUUUUCUGUCCACUGUCACUCAUUUAGCUCGAGGUUCUCCAUAAGACAAGAACCUGUGAAACGAGUGAGAGUGUGUGCAUCAUGGAUGUUCUUAUGUCCAUGCGUGGGGACGAUCCACACCUAAUGGCUGAGCCGGCGAUCCAGAUCUUCGAGCAGCCCAAGCAGAGGGGAAUGCGCUUCAGGUACAAGUGUGAGGGUCGCUCGGCCGGGAGCAUCCCCGGGGAGAAGAGCUCUGACAACAACAGGACCUACCCCAGUCUGCAGAUCCUGAAUUACUGCGGUAAAGGGAAAGUGCGAGUUUUCUUGGUGACGAAGAGCGAGCCGUACCGACCGCAUCCCCACGACCUGGUGGGCAAGGACUGCAAAGACGGAUUCUACGAGUCCGAGUUUGGUCCCGACCGCAGGGUGAUCGCAUUCCAGAAUCUGGGUAUCCAGUGUGUGAGAAGGAGGGAAGUGAAAGAUGCGAUCGUACAGAGGAUGACCAGAGGGAUCAACCCCUUCAAUGUGCCCCGCGAGCAGCUGCUGCAGACCGAGGAGUACGACUUGAACGUGGUUCGCCUGUGUAUCCAGGUCUACCUGCAGGACGACAACGGCCACUGCACCCGACCGCUCAACCCCAUCGUCACCAACCCCAUCUACGACAACAGGGCCCCGAACACAGCAGAGCUGAGGAUCUGUCGAGUCAACAAGAACAGUGGCAGCGUCAAGGGGGGGGAUGAGAUCUUCUUACUGUGUGACAAAGUACAGAAAGAUGACAUUGAGGUGCGGUUCUUCUCCUCCGACGGCUGGGAGGCCAAAGGCUCCUUCUCCCAGGCCGAUGUCCAUCGCCAAGUGGCCAUCGUCUUCAAGACGCCGUCCUACUACAACACCUCCAUAACCGAGUCGGUCACCGUGCAAAUGCAAUUACGCCGACCUUCCGAUCAGGAAGUCAGCGAGCCGAUGGAUUUCAGAUAUCUGCCCGACGACAAAGAUCCUUACGGCUACAAUGCGAAGAAGCGCAGUCGGGAGCACUUGAUGAGGAUAUCAGGCUUGUCAGGGGGUCAUUUUGCCGGUCUGGCUAUGAACAGGCCCAAGGCGGUGCCACAGACUACCAUGAGUCACAUGCGGAAAGACCCGGGCAACGUUUACCUGAGGCAUCAGCCCACGCCUUCCAUGCAGCUACCACCCUCUGUAUUCAACCAGCCCUACCCACAAGGGGUUCAGAAUGUAAUGAUGACAUCACAGGCUCCUAAUGUGCCAGUCAGCCAUUCAUGGGUAAAUCCAAACCCAGCACUCUCAAUGGAUACAGUCACCAUAAACCAGUCUGGUGCCAUGGGUAAUCUUCCACCUCCUAAUAGCAGCAGGCAACAGCAGCCAAACCGGCGACCUGGUUACCCCCACAGAGUGGAGCACAGCAACUUUGAGAAUAACACCCUCCCCCAGCUCUCUAUGAGGGACUUGCAGUGCUUGGAUACAGUCCCCCAGGCCCCUGUGUUGAGCCAGUUGGAGACCCAGUCGGUCUUCCACCUGCAGCACCAAAGGGAGGAGCAUGCGUCUGAGUCCCGGGCCCAGAACCAUCUAGACAACCAGAACCAGGGACUCCAGACUGUGUGGUCCAAUUUCAGUAACCUCAAUCCAGCCCAGAACACCUUUAACGGGUCAGUACCUGAAGGUGGAGGUGGAGGUGGAGGUGGGUCGCAUCCUUUUUCCUUCCUAGGGGGACUAGAAGGGGAAGAUUUUCUGAAGGGCCUGGUGGGAGGAGGUCCUCAGACUGGCUUCCAGCUGAAGCAGGAGCCCCAGAUCACAGUCGGACAAGAAACCCACGCUCCUCUCAUGCAGUCCCCCAGGGAAAGCCAAGAAAAUACUUACACCAACUUGCUUCCUCGUUCUAUGAACAACGGCACCAACAUGGAUCCAAUGAGGCAUGACGGUAGUGGAAGCACCCAGCCUCUUAAAAAUCUGCAAAAUCCUUACUCCAGCAACAGCAUGGCCUCCGAAGGCCACUUUCCGACUUUGGCUGACUGGAUCAAAGCAUCUCGCCAAAGUGACUAUAAGGAGUGACAGUGUUGGUAUGAAUAAAUAAUAAUAAUCAGAAGCAGCUCAGAGGACUACAUUGGUCUGUCUAAGCCAGGCAUUCUCAGUAGGCCUUUGCUUGGGUUAUUACAUCAGUGGGCAAAUGAGCAAAAUUAUUGGCGGCCAAUUGGAAUCUAUAACCAGACAAAGGCAUUGUUUCUAGGCGAUACAAUUGAUUACGGACUAGUUCCUUCCCAAGAAUGCUUCUCACACCUGAUUGGCCUACUGUUGUGCUCGAGAAGCUGCCAUUGGUCUUUGCUUCCCAUUAUUAAUCUGGAAAGACACCAUUCUCCUAAAGAUGAUUAAUCAAAUUUGGUUUCCUGAUGAAUUUGAGAGAGGAAAAUACU